UUAUCACCUGACUAUCUGCCUAUCAUCAGUGCCAAAGCAAGGGCCCCAUCAUCAGAUGUCAUAACAUGUUUUUGCAUUGAUUUCAUCCUGCAGGUGCGGACACGGGGGUCAAUAAAGAGGAGGCCUCCCUCAAGAAGAUUCAGACGGUCUCAGUCAGACUGUGGGGUAGAUCUGGGAGAUUUGGGGGCAGCUGAAUCAUCUCAGGAGAAUGGUGCCAAGGAAGAGGACAGUGAUGAGGUGUUUGGAUCCAAGAGCAAAGGCUUGGAGUCUCCCCAGUCUGGUAACAGGGCAAUGGGCAGAGAAUUGAGGAGAAAGCUGGAGUCUGAUGACAAACCUCUGCUAAGGAGAUCAUGCAGUAUGACCGAGAACCCAACAGAAAAGAACAGAACCUUGGAAGAAGCUAAAUCUUAUGGGAAUUCUGUGAAGAAUCAAGAGGAGAAACAGCAGACUACAAUAGAAGAUGAUGGAGAACCACAGAAAGCCAUAGAAAAUAAAGAGGAAACUACAUGUGAGAACUCCAAGGGAGAUAAAAAGGAGACAUCUUUGGGGGAUUCUGGAGGAGAUAGCGAAGAAAAGACAAAUGAGGUCCCUAGUUCAGAGAAGGAGGAGACAUCUGAGAAAACUGAAGAAGAUGAAGAGGAGAAACCUGGACAGAAGAACAUAGGGGCUAAAGAUAGAGACCCACAACAGAGAACUACUAUAGGGGCAGAUGAGGAGAGGCCCCAGAAUACUCCUGAAGAGAAGGAAGGAGAUAAUAUCAGUGAGCCAGAAAAAGACAAAGAAGAGAAUGAGCAAAAGGAAAGUAUUUCUGAGAAAACAGACAAUCAAGAAAUAACACACGAUCAAGGAAGCACUCCUGGGGCAGAGCAUUCUCAGCCAGUAACAAAUUCUGAGACCACCAAUGAAGCCUCAACUGUGCAAUCCACCUGCAGUGCAGAGGAUGACACCAAAGUACAAGAUACCAAAAUGUAAAAAAAGAAAAAGAAAAAAGAAAAAAAGAGCUCUAUUAUCCACCCUUGAUGAAGUUGCUGGAGUCAUCUCUGGAAGUAGCAGCAACAGCAUCUGCAGGGGAGAAAGAAGCUCUGUUGGGAGCUCAUGGGAUAUCAGGAAUGCCAAAGAUCUAGAAUCAGCCUGAAGUCAGAGAGGGUUACUGUUGCCUCAUGGCUUCCAGGCUAUACUGUUCUUUAGAGGAGUGGAAUGAGAGGAUUUCGAUGUAAAAAGGCUUUUCACCAACAGAAAUUUGGUGUAGGACAUUCAUUGCCAGAUUUUAUAGAAGAAACCUAUUCAAAACCUCUCACCACCAAACUUGGAGUGAACCCAGAGUCUGGCUUUCAGGGGACUGUCCAUCUAAGCAGCUGAGCUCUGAACACCAGACACUUUUCUUGAGUCAUUUUUUGAUGUAAUCCAUCAGACAUGCCUAUGUCUAAGUUGUAACCUUUGUAAUUCUCUGAAAUUCUUACAGUUUUCAUAUGUAAGUAAAAACAAAUUUGGGAACAGGGUGGGGGUGGAAUCAGGGUAAGGGAUGGGUUAGAAUGGAAAAUAAUGUGAAUACUAAAUCAGAAAAGACAGGCUUCUUUCAAAAAAAUAGGACUUUUGAGACAAACUUGCAGCUCACUCAGCUUUGAGAUGGCUAAUCAGUUUUUCAAGGACUAAACUAGUUGAGGUAAGUGUUGAAACAUUUGUUUCAACCUGUACCAUAUUUAGUGCAACAGUCUGAGCUUACUUUUCCUUUUGGAAAUAGUCUUCCUAGCUUAGGACUGCCAUGGCAACCCAGGCAUCCUCCCUUUCCGCCAUGUUGUGAGGGGGUAGCCUCUCCAGUGGAAAAGCAGGAUGUCCUCAGCACCAGAUGGGAAAUCAAAACACCUGGACUUCAUUCCUGACUCCUCUCCCUUUUCCUUCCUCUCCCUCCUCCUAACUCACUAGGUGGCCAAGUCAAACCCUUUGUUCCUCUGUUUCCUCAUCCACCAAGUAAAACAAAACCUGCCCUCUACCGGCGUGAAAACUUAUGGUGAGGGCAAGUUUAUGUUGCUAUUCCAGAAAACUUUUCUUAAUGAAAAGAUCUGUUAGUCUACUUUAAAUAUUGCCAGGUAGAUGCUUUGUGGCCUUCAAUACAUGUGUCCUAGAUGAAGGUAGUCAUUCUUAUUAGUUGUUUGGAAAUUUGAUCAAGGUCACUUAGCCCCAGGUGCCAAGCCCUUCAUGCUCUUCCUCAAAGAGUUGCUAUUAGGACUGAAGGUAAGGGCAAAGAAAAGAAAAGAAGAGAAAAGAAAAGUAGAGAAGA